CAUACACACACAGAACAGCAAGCAUUCAGGCAGACAGGUGAACUUAAACACAGCAGGUUAGUCAAGCAGGUGGAAAGGUGAGAGGGGCCUGGCAGUGACUGUACACAGGUAAACAGCCAGAAAGGUUUCAGGCAAGCAGUUACAUAAGUAACCAAGCAGUGUGUUUUGUAGGCAGGCAGGCAGAGUGUCAGGUAAACAAGCCGGCCACCUCUUCCUGUCUGCUCCUGUGUUCGAGCUGGAGAAACACGGCAGCUGCAGCAUAGAAGAGAAGCAAAUAGAGCGGCCUUUAUCCUCUGCUGCAGCCUCUUUGAGACACACACACACACACACACACACAGGCAGACUGAGGAAACAACCGGGGGCUGUUCAACCAGCUUUGCAAGGACAUUUGAAACGCCAGAUCCGCUCCAGCACAUUUGCCGUGACGUCAUGGCAUACAGGAAGGUAUGUGACGCCCAGGGUGGCCCAUUGGUCGGUGAGGUCCUGCACUGCUCUGGAGCUAUGGAUCUUGACUGGGACCUGGACAAGGAGGAGCUACAAGAACCAGGACCCAGCAUGGACCGCAUGCAGAUGCAACAUGUAGACUGCCAGAGAUCAGGGUGUUCAGACCCUGGCCCUGAUCCGGACCCAGAGCUGAUGGACUCCAUCCAGCAGUCUGUCUCUGUUUCACCCCAUGGACGAUUUGAACGCCUCCAGGAAGAUCCCAACUACAUCUCCCACUUCACAAGGGCCCCGGGCCAUAAGGGUCAACGCAGACUGCACUGCUUCCUGCUCAGGUAUUUCCUGGCAGGGGUGGGCCUUUUUGUCCUCGGACUCCUAAUUGGCUGGUUUGCUCACACACCUACCGUCAAACCACCCGUUCCCCCAUCAGACAGCACAGACCUGCUCGAGGACUUGUUGAGAGGAAUCACUGCAGACAAGAUAAACGCUCUCCAGAGGUCUUUCUCCAGCCAACCAGAUGACAGCGAGGAAGCCAGAGCCAGGUACCUCUACAGGCAGUGGGUGGGACUCGGUUUGACUGAUGUCCAUCUAACCAAUCACACAGUUCUGCUCAGUCUGCCUGGCUCCACACCCAACACCAUCACUGACAGGUCCAGUCGCCAGUGUUUCCUGCCAAACGGGAAUUCCUGUGACCAGCGUGGACCCAACGACCUGCCCAAGCAGCAGUUCUCCUACGCUGCCUACUCUGCCGUGGGGAGUGUGCAGGGGGAGGUGGUGGAUGUCCAAUAUGGGAGUGUGGAUGACCUGCGGAGAGCCAAAGACAGCCUGAACCUCACCAACCAGAUCGCUGCAGUCAAGCUUGGCCAAGCACCUCUGCUGUACAAGCUCUCUCUGCUGUCUCAGCUGGGGUUUGGAGGUGUUCUGCUGUAUAUUGACCCAUGUGAUGCUCCCCCCGGACGCCACACCUGGAACCAAGCCUUCAGAGUCACUCUCAACCCCGGAGGGAACCCUGCCAUCGCUGACGUGUCAAGAGAGGCUGGAGGAAGACUGACAUCUCUUUUGGUUCAGCCCAUAUCUGCCUUCCUGGCAAAGACGUUACUGUCAUCUCCUUCCACAGGACAGGGUGACUCCUGUGUGCCUCUGGCCAUGCCUCCCAACACAGACCGAAAGAAGAUUACCUUGACUGUUGGGAACCAGCUGUCCUACAAGAAAAUCUACAAUGUCGUGGGAUACCUGAAAGGAAGGAGGAACCCAGAUCGCUACGUGCUGGUGGGUAGUCGUCAUGACAGCGACCAGGGAGGUGGGGCUUCAGCUAUCAUGAAUCAGCUCAUCGCCGUGCUGACAGAUCAGUCCAAACGAGGCUGGGUGCCAGACCGGACAACCGUGUUCUGCUCUUGGGGAGGCUCCGCCCUGGGGAACAUCGGGUCCUUUGAGUGGGGAAAGGAUAACAGCGUUGUCCUGCAGAGCAGUGCUGUGGCCUACAUCAGUCUGAAUUCUCCCGUUAGAGGAACAGAAACUCUCAGAGCGACAGCUUCACCAACACUGCUGCAACUCACUUCAGAUAUACAGAGGAGACAGUUGCUGAGUUGCAUUCGUGGUGGAAACUGCCCUGGACCCAAUGUGAGCUCGCUGCAGUUGCCUGGAGAUGUGAACUUCUUCGCCAACCAACUCGCUGUUCCCACGAUGGAGUUCGCCUUCGAGCAGACUAAAGCAGAAGAGGCCACCAGUUUCCUGUCAGAAGCCCAGUUUUCUGCUGAGUCACCAGAGACUCUGGACCCACUUUUCAAGUUCCAUGAGACCAUAGCCAAGAUGACAGCAGAAGCCAUUCUCCGUCUGGUCGGUGAUCCUGUGCUGCCGUUCUACCCUCUGGACAUUGCCCUGGAUGUUCAAAACAAACUCAAAGACAAGAGCGUGGUAUCUCAGCCUCUGCUGUCAUCCGCCUCCUCCCUGAGAGACCACGCAGCUUUCUUUCAGUCUGAAACUAUGCGACCUGCAAAUGACCCCAAAGAACGCGACCCCUCCCACGUGCGGAUGCUGAAUGAUGUUCUCCGUGACCUGGAGAAGAGCUUUAUCAUCCCACAUACACCGCCUGGAGUCUACAGGAACCUGUUAUACAGCCUGCCAGGGAAGUCUCCUCAGUUUUCCAUCCUCAGGUUCACACAGGAAGCCGUCCUGCAUUGCAAUGUCUCCAGCAAAGCAGCCAAACACAACUCUGCAGACAAGGAAGUCCUCUGCCACAGCACCAUGAACCAGUCUCUGUCUCUCAUCCUCAGGGCCAUCCGCUCAGCGGAGAGGCUGGUGGGCUUUGGCUUGGACUUGUUUGAAAAUUACCCAAGUGAUGCAAAAUGAUCCUGGCUGACACAGGAUGCAUUCGAGAGCAACAAAAAAAAAAGGCCCUCUGAAAUUGGCUCGUCAAUUAAACACCAAAAUCUCAAUUUACCCUUAGUCCUGGAAAAACUGAGAAUCAGUGCAGAAUAAAGGGACAUAUUUUAGACAUUUUAUUUUAAUUAUCUUCAUAUAAAGGGGGGUGAAAAUGUUAUUUUUUCUAAUUGAUGAACGUAUUGAAACUAAGUUGUUGCAAAAAAGCGUUGAAAUAUGCGAAACAAUCAGGCAAAUCAAAUUGUACUAAACUAAACGUCCUUUCUGUUAAAGAAGACAUGAUGAUCUUAAAAUGACAUCUUAGUGUAUAUGAUCAGACAAUCGCUCUGUUUUAUUGACAAGUUUUAUCCUUGACAAAAACCAGCACAGGAGGUUUUUAAAAUAAAACUAAAGCACCUUUUUUAAAAAAGACAGUCAAAGAAAGUAGACAAAUAUUUGCACUCUGUCUUAAAAAAGUGAAGUAGCCAUUCCAUUGAGGACUUUACACAUGUUUACCCUUUUGUUCUGCACUCUUGGGAGGAAGCAGAUGACUGAACCUUGGCUUCCUGCAGAGGGAUCUACUUCCAGGGCGAACUAUGCAGGUUCGCUUUUUCGUGGUUAGCCAGUUGGCCCUUAGCUCAGCUGGGUGGCAUGGAAAGUUGUAAUACAAGAGUUGUCUUUCCCUACUCUCUUUAAGGUAAAAAGUAGGUAGUCUUUUUGUCUUUUGUUUUAAGAUACAUUGUAGGUAGUCAAUCUGCAAAGGACGUGGACAUAACAGGAUAUCCACACCUACAUAAACAACUGCUAAAGCAAGAGAAUUGUAAUGUAUUGACAUGAGGACGUCGUAAACAUCUGUAAUAUUGGCAGAAUUUGAUAAACAAACUUUUUUUAAUCAGAAUCAGCCAAUGCAUGAAAACAACAAAAAUGCUACUUGAUCCAGUCGUGUUUAGCAUCCAUAACACUCUCACAUAGUAGAUUAGAUAGAACAUUUCUCGAAUGCUUUAGCAUAAACAAGCGAAAUGAAACUGCAGAUUGGCAUCACAACACAGUCACUCCAGAGGGAUGCAUUUACACCCAUUAUUCAGUGUUUGACAAUUGCACUCAAUCUCCACUCGCCGCACUCUCCUGUUUUCUCAAUGACUCUGCAGACACUCUGCAAACUCUUAAUAUUUUAAGUGGUAACAGCCAGUGUUAUCUCUCAGCCUCCUCUUUCUUUUUUCUUUUUUUCUUCUCCUCACAUUCACUCCCUUAUGAAUGUCACCAUGCAGUCACCUCUCUCAUUGUGCUGCUCGGGACAAGACACUUUGGAUUCCAUGGCUGAUUGUCUGGCUUUAACAGCCUGCACAAGCCUGCAGAGAGAAAUGAGCAAUAAAUAUUUGUGUCCUUACUGUUUAUUAAUAAUUUAGAAUAUAGAAUGGUAAUAAAAUAACAUUAUUAAUGUGAGAAAGAGCAAUAGUGUGUGAUGGUAAUGGUUCUUAAAGGAAGAAUGUGCAACAUUUUUACAAAUAAAUACAGCAGAAAUCAAGUAUAUCCUCUGUAAAUGUGUCUCUGAGUCAAGACUGUUAAUGAGUGAGAAGCUCGAGUCCCACUGGCUGUGUUGUUAGCUGUGUUUACAUCAUGUUUACAUAGACAGGACGUCCAGCCGGCUCCUCCACUUGUGUGUAUAAGCUCUUUCAGAAAAGGACUAGAGAAAAGAAGAACAUACUGUUUAUUUGAAUGUCACAUAAGUGUUUUUAGAUAAAGGCCAGUCUGUGUAAAUUGACCUGCUAGUUGAAGCUACGAGCUAACUAAGUGUGCUAACAUUAGCCUGCUAACACAACAAUGCAGGCCACAGGCAAUUGCAGCUCGAGCAAAGGACAAUUUUGUCCGCCGCUUGCGCUAAACUCCUUCAUGCAGGCCUCUCUAGGAGAGUGUUGGCUUAGGUAUGGCGGAAGUGUGGCCAAGCAGCAGUAUGUUUUGGCUUCAUGCUGGCGCUCAAGGGCGACAUCUACUGGAUCAAAAAGUUGCACAUUCUUCCUUUAAGCUGUAACCAAAUCACUCGGUCCCACCAAACAAGGCUGCAAACCACCAGCAGCUUGAGUUAUCCUUUCACAUCACAGGAAGUAAUGUAAUUCAACAUUAAUGUAAGCUACUGGUGAAUGGAGCUUCGGGGUGUUUUUUGUAGCUAGGCAUGAUGUGUCAUAGAAUAGUGUUUGUGUGAAAUAAAGUAGUGCAGUGUUUUUUAUACUACGAAGGGAACUGUUUCAUACCUUAAAUUAUUUGUAAAACUCUGAAUGUGAUAGACUUUUUUUAGCAUGAAGGAAAGGUGGGAUUUCGCAGCUUUUUGAAUAUCUUAGUAGGUCUGAAUUUUGUACAGGUAAUAUACUUUUAAAAUGUUCUUUGGAAUGAAUCACCAUCUGAAAAGAUACCAACAGCAAUCUCUACAACUGCACCUUAACCUGCCCAGUUAACCGGUUUAUUCUAGUGCUAUAUCACAAUGAUGCAUUCAAAUCAGCCAAAAAUGUUUAGUUUUUUUUUUUAGAUUACAUUGAAAUGUGCAGCAAAGAUUUGAUACACAACAUUUUAUAAAGUAAAAUUGAUGAUAUGUGUUUAAUUGUCCAGUUCGCAAUACCAAGUUGUUUUUAAAAACAAACUUGUCAGGGAUGAAAAUGAUAAAUGUCCGUGCUUGAUAUCAUGUGCCUUUAUGAGAAUGAAAUGCUUUAAUUUCGAAGAGAGAUUGUAAACCAAACAACGUUUAAGCUCCAAAUUUUUACAUUUAUCACAGAAAAUCACAGAAAAGUCAGAUUACCCACCACUGUUUCCUAAACUAAUCCACAUGUUUUUUUUACGUAGCAACACUUGAUGCAGGCAUUUAAGUGUGUUCACACUGCACACAAGCAGUGACGAAAGGCGACUGCUUUCUAAAUUAGUACAAAGAUUAUACCGCUAGAAAUUACAAACACCAUCAUUUGAAUGGCUAACUUUGGCACAGUUAGCGUUUGACUACUUGUGCUAAUUCAGACCACCAGAAAAACCCCAAACUGUCACAAUCACAUGAAUAAACCAAGGCAAAAGUUAGCUUAAUGUCCAAUGGGAAUGCACCUCCACUAAAGCUUGUGUUAACAGUAACAACAAACAUUCAUGCUAGUUAGCUUGUAAACAGUGUAGAAAAUGACGUAGUCCUUUAUCGUAUUGUCAGACCAAAAAACAACAACAACCACACCACAAAGACGACUGGUGCUUUAAAUUAAUAAAAGAAAUGUGAGUUAGGGCCGGUAGUGCAGUGGUUAGUUUUCGUGCCCCAUGUUUCAAGGCUUAAGUCCUCCAAGCGUUCGGCCCGUGUUCUAAUUGGACCUGUUUUCUUUUCCCGCAUGUCAUUCCCCAAUCUCUCCCUCUCUCUCUGAUUUCUGACUCUAUGUAUCCACACUCACUCUAAAAAGAAAACGCCCCAAAAUAAUCCUUUAAAAAGAAAAUAAAAAGUAAGUUAGGUGUUUUUGAAAUGUUGUGAAUGUUUUGAAAAAGGGCAAAAGUACAAACCAAGCAGUGGACAAUAGAUUCAAUAAGCCAUGCAGCAUAAUAAGCUAGUAUGAUGCCUGAUUUCAAAUCGCCAUCUUUAAAGGAAAUUCCACAUUUGACUGAAACACAUCAGUCGUUAUUCAACCAUGUUAGAAUGAACUGCACACUGACACAGAUAGAAAUAGUUUUUAUUACAACCAUCGCGGCUUGUAGAAUAUAAAGUCUGUCUCACAGCAUGAGUCGUUUGCAUGAUACCACACCUGUGCAGAAAUACUGUGCUAUCACUUCACGCUCGUAUGCAAUAAUGUUGUACAUAAAGGUCUUACAGUAAGUGGUUCCCAGCAGGUUGUUGAUUAUUAUUUUUUAAUUCACUACUUUCCAGGUGGCUUGAAAUGAGAUGGUACUCACAUUCACUAGUUUAAUGUCAGUUAAACAUUGCAUUACAUAAAUGUGAUCUGCAGUAAAAAAAAUAAUAAAAAAAAAUGCAUCAUUGCACAGGUAGAGCCUACACCCUACCUCUGAAGAGAGGCUCACAUGUUGAAAACUACCAGAAGUGGUUGAACCAUGUGCUGUUUACUGUGUACAGUAUUUAUUUAAAUAUUUGGAAAGUAAGGUAAGGAGAUUGUCAAUUGUUCUGACAGACCCUUAUUCUAAGACCCAAAAAGUUUGAUACAUUUUCCAGUCCAUCAAGAUGCACAUUGCCUGAAAGUUCUUUAAAAAAAAAGACACUCAGCCACAAGUUACUCCCGCUGCUUUGUCAGCAUACUAAUGUGUAUGAAUGGGAUUAGUUACUUCUUAUGGUCACUUUACAUGCACCUCUGUCAUCACCUCUGUCGUCAGUGUGUGAAUGUAGAGUAG